AUUCGAGCUCGGAAACGCCGCUACUCCGCUCGCGAUCCAAACGCCGCUCUCGUAGAUCGGAGGCGAUACAUUUCCGCCUCGCUCGUCUGCUCCCAUGGCGAAGCGCGGCGCCGACGCGAUCCCGCUCUCCCGCUUCGGCGUCCUGGUCGCCCAGCUCGAGUCCAUCGUCGCCUCCGCGGCGCAGCAGCCCCCCGACCCCCUCCUCUGCUUCGAUCUCCUCUCCGCGCUCGUCGCCGCCAUUGACGAGGAGCCCAAGGAAUCAAUACAAUUGUCGCAAAGGAAGUGCGAGGAUGCUUUGUACUCCUUGCUAAUUCUUGGGGCACGCCGCCCUGUGCGGCGCCUAGCAUCUUUAGCAAUGGGUAUGAUUAUUGCGAAAGGGGAUGGAAUAUCCAUAUACUCGAGAGCGAGCAGCCUGCAGGGGUGGCUGGCUGAUAGCAAAAGAAGUGAGCCGCUCUCAUGCGCAGGUGCAGCGCAAUGUUUGGGAGAGCUAUAUCGCUUAUUUGGGCAUAGGAUUACUUCUGGAUUAAUAGAGACAACAAACAUUGCAGCAAAACUUAUGAAGUUUCAUGAGGAGUUUGUCAGACAAGAAGCAUUGUUAUUACUUGUGAAUGCACUGGAAGGAUCUGGUGGUAGUGGUGCUUUUGCAGCUUAUUCAGAAGCUUUUCGCAUUAUCGUGCGAGUAGGUGUAAGUGAUAAGUCGUUCAUCGUUAGAUUAGCAGCAGCUAGAUGUUUGAAGACCUUCGCUAGCAUUGGUGGACCUGGAUUAGGAAUUACUGAACUUGAAAAUUCGAUCUAUUGCUGUGUCAAGGGGCUGGAAGAUAAUGUUUCAUCUGUUAGGGAUGCCUUUGCUGAAGCCCUUGGUGCCUUACUUGCUCUUGCAAUGAACCCUGAUGCACAGGUGAAAAGGAGAGGGAAAGGUCAACAGAUUCCUGCAAAGAAAAUGGAGGAUGGUUUACAGAAACAUUUGAUCUUACCAUUUAUAAAAGCAAGUGGAGCUAAUGCAAAGAACCUGCGUGUUGGAUUAGCUUUAUCAUGGGUAUUUUUUCUACAGGUGAUUCAUCUGAAGUAUCAUUUUCCAGAUGGUGAACUUCAAAACUAUGCCUUACAAGCCAUGGAGAUCCUUCAAGGGAAUGGUUCUCCUGAUCCCCACACAUUGGCUUGUGUUCUGUACAUUCUUCGGGUUGGAGUUGCUGACCAGAUGAUUGAGCCAACAAAGCGUAACUUUUUAGUUCUUCUUGGACAAAAGCUUGAAUCUUCUGAUUGUAGUCCUCCUAUGAUGGUGGCAAUUCUACGUGUCCUCUCAUACCUUUUAACAAGCUUGGGAGAGGUGCCUGCUGAAUUCAAGGUUAUUCUUGAUGACACAAUUGUCUCAUCGUUAUCCCAUUCUUCAUUGCACGUACGUGUCGAAGCUGCUCUGACACUGCGUGCGCUGGCUGAGGUUGAUCCAACUUGUGUUGGUGGCUUAAUAUCAUAUGGUGUGGCAACAUUACAAGCUCUAAGAGAAAGUGUAUCUUUUGAUAAGGGAAACAAUUUGCAGCUUGAGCUCAACUCCCUUCAUGGGCAAGCUACAAUUCUAGCAGCCCUAGUUGCAAUCUCACCAAAGCUGCUUCUUGGUUAUCCUUCAAGGCUGCCCAAAUCUGUUUUUGAAGUUUCGAAGAAAAUGUUGAGUGUAUUCAGUCGGAAUCCAGUGGCUGCUAUUGUAGAGAGGGAAGCUAGUUGGUUACUUUUAGCUUCUCUUAUAGCAUCCAUGCCAAAAGAGGAGCUUGAAGACCAGGUUUUUGAUGUUCUUUUACUUUGGGCUGGUCCUUUUGCCGGAACUGUUGAGUCAUACCUCCGUCAUAUACAGGAUUGGAUAUCAGAAUUACGUGUUCUGUCUGUUGCACUUGAGGCGCUUACUGCCUUCAUAAGAAGUUUUAUAUCGUCAACAGUACCCUCUGUGAAUGGUGGUAUCUUGCUCCACCCUGUGCUGGCUUACCUUAGUGGAGCUUUGUCCAUUAGAUCUUCCUUGUCUUCCAAGCAACUUCCAAAUAUAAAGCCUGCAUUAGACCUCUUCACCACCAGAAUAUUAAUGGCAUACCAAUCCAUUUUUGAUCCAAUGGCAUAUAUAUCAGAACAUGCGCAAAUUCUCCAGAUAUGCAGCAGCCCAUUCAGUGAUCCUUCUGGAUUUGAAGAAAGCUCAUGUCUUAGGUUCUUGUUAGAUAAGAGGGAUGCAUGCUUGGGCCCUUGGAAACCUGGAAGGGAUUGGUUUGAAGAUGAGCUCCGAGCUUUUGAUGGCAGUAAAGAUGGGAUUCUACCAUGUGUUUGGGAUAAAGAAGUUUGCAGCUUUCCUCAGCCGGAGUCCAUCAGCAAAAUGUUGGUCAACCAGAUGCUCCUGUCCUUUGGUACCAUUUUUGCCUGUCAGGAUAAUGAUGGGAAGUUGUUACUUCUCAAGCAGAUUGAUCAGUGUCUCAAGGCUGUGAAGAAGCAGUCUUGGUAUAGGAAUUGUAUUACAAAUGCAUGUGUGGGACUCUUGUCAGGUUUAAAGGCUGUUCUUUCAUUACGUCCCCAAUCGUUGUCGACCGAGAUAUUAAGUUCUAUUCAGUCUAUGUUUCAGUGUGUAUUGGCGGAGACUGAUAUUUCGGGAGCACAACGAAGAGCAGCAUCUGAAGGUCUUGGUUUAUUAGCUAGGGUUGGGAAUGAUGUUUUCACUGCAAGGAUGACACGGUCUCUUCUUGGGGAGCUAGUAGCAGCAAUAGAUCCAAACUAUAUUGGAGGCAUUGCACUGACAUUGGGUUGCAUCCAUCGGAGCGCAGGGGGAAUGGCAUUGUCUACUCUCGUUCCUGCAACCGUGAACUCCGUUUCUCAGUUGUGUAAGAGUACAAAUUCUGGGAUACAGUUGUGGUCAUUGCAUGCUCUUCUUUUGACCAUUGAAGCUGCUGGCUUAUCAUUUGUCUCCCAAGUUCAGGCAACACUCUUCCUUGCAAUGGAAAUUCUUUUAUCAGAUGAAAAUGGAUAUUUGGAUCUUAGACAGGAGAUAGGACAUCUUAUAAAUGCAAUAGUUGCUGUCCUUGGCCCUGAGCUUUCUCCUGGAAGUACAUUCUUUUCACGUUGCAAGUCCGCUAUUGCAGAAAUAAGCUCUUGCAAGGAGACAGCAACACUUGUUGAAUCUGUUCGGUUCACCCAGCAACUUGUUCUUUUUGCUCCCCAAGCUGUCCCUGUGCAUUCUCACGUUGAAAGUCUUCUUCCAACACUGAGCUCAAGACAGCCAAGCCUGAGGCAUCUUGCUGUAUCAACGCUGCGUCAUCUGAUUGAAAAGGAUCCGGUUGCUCUGAUUGAUGAGAAGAUUGAAGAGAACUUGUUUGCCAUGCUUGACGAAGAAACUGACUCAGAGAUUGCAAGUUUGGUUCGUACAACCAUUGAUCGUUUGCUAUAUGCAUCAUCUCCUUUAUGUCCAUCACGAUGGUUAGCAACAUUGCGAAACAUGGUUAUUGCAACUUCAGUUAGAAGUCUUUCAAGUUCAGGGAAUGAACACCUCAAUGCUGGCUCUGAAAAUGAUACGACAUUAUAUUAUGGAGAAGAUGAUGAAAACAUGAUUGCUAGCUCGAGCGGAGAGCAAAAACAGGGGCCAGCUUUUAAAAUCAGUGAUUUUCUUAGAAGAAGCAAACAUCUCAGAUAUCGUACCAGGGUUUUUGCUGCAGAGUGUUUGAGCCAUCUACCAACUGCUGUUGGAACAGAUCCUGCACAUUUUGAUCUCUCCUUGGCAAGGAGCCGGAUAGUGAAGGGGCAUAAUACAUCUAAUGAUUGGCUUGUUCUUAACCUACAAGAGCUAGUAUCACUUUCUUAUCAGAUAAGCACUGGACAAUUUGAAGGCAUGCAGCCAAUUGGUGUAAAGCUUCUUAGUAUUAUAAUGGACAAGUUUGGUAAAACCCCAGAUCCAGAAUUUCCUGGGCAUAUCUUGUUGGAACAGUAUCAGGCUCAGCUUGUUUCUGCUGUUCGAUCUGCUAUAAGCACCGCAUCUGGCCCUCUUCUCCUGGAUGCUGGUCUUGAGCUGGCUACAAAGAUUCUGACGAGCAGCAUAGUUGGAGGGGAUCGGGUUGCUCUUAAUCGCCUAUUCACAUUAAUUUCACGUCCACUAAGUGACAUUAAAGACUUGUAUUAUCCUUCUUUCGCUGAGUGGGUAGCAUGCAAGAUCAAAAUAAGGCUUAUGACUGCCCAUGCCUCGAUAAAAUGCUAUGUGUUUCAAUUAUUGAGGAAACAGAACAAUGUUCCAGAUGAGUAUCUACAGCUAACGCCUCUACUUGCGAAUAGUUCAACCACCUUGGGCAAAUUCUGGAUUGGCAUCCUCAAAGACUAUAGCUACAUAUGCUUUGGCUUGAAUUCAAAAUAUAAUUACAAACCAUUUCUUGAUGGGAUUCAAUCCCUGUUAGUUUCUUCCAAGGUGCAGAAAUGUCUAGAUGAAUCAUGGCCACUAAUCCUUCAAGCAACUGCUCUGGAUGCAGUUCCCGUGGAAUUUGAGAUGGACAACUCUGUGGUAUAUGAUGCUGAGACUUUGUUUUUAUCUGGUCGUAGCAUGGUCAAAUUGGAACGCAGUGAAUUUCAGCUUCUUUGGGGGUUAUCACUGCUCGUUCUAUUUCAAGAACAGGAAACAACAGUGAAUAAGCCAGUAAAUAUGCUUCUUGCUCACAACAAGUUCCAACAAUGUCGAGAUAUAUUAAUCGCUGGAAACAAUGAUCUAAAACCAUGUGAAAUUGUGUUACCGGUUUUUCUCUCUCUCACAAAAGAAGUAUUUUUCAGCCAGGAAUUUCUUUCACCUGAAAUCUGCAGAGAACUCCUUGAGGUUCUUAUUUAUGCAGAUUGCUCAAGCAGCAUAGGGAUAAGUUUACUAGUGCAAAUUAUACAGUCAUGCCCUGAUGACUUUUUUGAGGUAGAAGCGUUCGUGCUUGCAGCAAUGGAACUGCUUUCCCAUUACCUUAUCAUCACAUUUCUAAGAAACUCUCAAGAUAUUUCGAAUGGAUCUUUGCUUUCUGAAUUAUCUAUGGCAGCUGAGAAGAUGGCGUAUCGAACAAAAUAUAAGCAGUACCAAUGGAAAUUGGCAGCAUCAUUCAUAUCAAUCUCUUACCAUACAUUCAAAGAAGCUUCAACUGAUUUGUGCUUGUUGAAAUUGAUCUCUUUCCUCCAGAAUAUAGCGCCUUUUCUAAGGAAAUGUUUCAAAGAAUCUGAGCUUAAUGACGAGCAUACUCAUCAGAAAGCAGUCCUAGAAGCUUGGACUAGCAUGCUCGCAUUUGUUUCCAAAGACUGCAUUAGAAAGCUCUGCAGCCUGGAGAAUAAGAUGAGCAGCUCCUACAAGCUUUUGGCAAAGAUCCUUGUUUUUUGUCUUGAAGAAGCCAUUUCCCUUUCCAAACUAAUUCAUGAAGCUGAGAAUCUUAGACGGAAGGAAACAACUGGGAACUCGUUCAUGUUCGCCAUAUUCAAUCAAUGCACAGAGUGUGUUCAUAAUACUAUUCACGAGACAAACAUAGAGGUGCAGAAAAUUGGGCUUCAUGUGCUGAAAACUGUUGCUCAGAAAGAACUAGCUGAAGGCUCACAUAAAAAGAAUAGUUCUUUUCUCUUUUUCGCUGGUGAAAUACUGGAAGAUGUCUUUUUGUUAACCCAGAACACAUUGAAGAGUACAAGCAGGGAAUCCAUCACAAUUAUCGAUGAAUGCUUGAGACUGCUUUUCCUUAUUCACACACUCGGCCAAGAGACCAAAUGCCAACAAGCUGUUGCCAUGCUUCUUUUAGAUGCUUUGCUUAUGGCUUUCUCUCUUUCCAGGGAGAGUAAUUCAAAGGAUCUAAUUGAGGUUAACACCAUCACUAGGAGACUAGUCUCUCACCUUGUUCAGAUUCCUUCAGCAGCAACACAAAUCAAAGAUGUGAUGUUAUCUGUUCCAGUUACAAGAAGGCAGCAACUUCAGGAUAUGAUUCGAGCUUCAGUAACUCAGGGUCAGACGACAAUGCAGGCAAAUUUUGGUGUGCAAUCAGAAACAAAAGCUGUUGGUGAAAAACCACAAGAGAUCCAAGGAAGGAAGGAAGAAAAGGACGAGAAUGAUGAUAAUGAUGAGGAUGAUGAUUGGGAUGCUUUUCAAUCUUUGCCUGCUGAUAAUACACCUACAGCUGAUUCUGCUACAAUUGCUGAUUCUUCACCUGUGGAUGAUAACUCUAGUAGUAGUCCUUAUCACAGUAAUAUGUCAUAUUUUGGUGACUAUGAAGAGGUUGCUGAUGCAAAGGAAACAGCUACAGGUGUAGAUGAAAAGGCUGCUAUAGCGACAAGUGUUGAUAAAACUGACCUCAAGGAACCCUCACCGCCCAAGUAUUCUGAUAGUAAUGAAAUUUUGGAAAGUGGUGGCAACAUUCAAGAGAUAUCUAAUGUAAAUGUGUGUUCUGAAAGUAAAGAUAGAACAACGGCUAGUCAUCAUGUGGAUGAUGCUACAGAGUCAUUCGAUCAGUUAUUACAGGAUGAUGAACAGCAGUUCGAGGUUAAACAAGAAAUUCAUGAUGAUGCUGCUUUAAAACCAGAUGAUGAAGAGCCGCUCGAGGAAGAACAAGAAACUCAUGAUGAUGUUUCACUAAUAAGCAAGUGUGGUGGAGACGGUGCUGAGAGCCAAUCUAAUGAUAUACUAGCAUCUGCUAAGGAUAAUGAGGAGGAGAGUAAUGACCCUCUCCCAUCUAAUAUGGGUAGUGAGGAAUCGGUCUUAGAUCCGAAUGUCAAGCUUAAUGAAGAAACUGAUGACCUUAUUGGAGGUGAAUUAGAAAGAAAAUGUGAUGAAGGUGAAUUUGGUGGGCAAUUUUCUAAUGAAAUUGUGUCUUCUAAGGAUCAGGAGGAUUGUACAAAUGAUCAUUUUCUCAACCAAGGGAAUGGCGAUGAACCAGAAAGCAAAUGUGAAGGUGAUAUCUCAGGACCUUCUAGUAAUUCACCAAGCUCUCCUAAUGACAUCUCAAAAGGACCUAGCAAUUCACCGAGAUCUCCUACGGAAGUUGUAGACGCCGGUGGUGCUCAGCUAGUAGAAAAUAAAGAAUCAAAAUAUGAACACGAAUCUCAAUAGCCGGCGUUUUGCUUAUGAUAGAUUAAGAUUUGUAACUAAAUAUCUUUUUGUUACUACUGAACCUAGUGACUCUCUUUGUGAAUACGUUUUUUCCAAGUGGGUAAGUUUGUGUAAUAGAAACUAACGUACACUGAGCAGGCUCCCACUUUGCUGCUCCACAAUUUUGGCAUUGCACUUGUGUAUAUUAAAGCUCAGGAAAUUUCGGAACCUGAACAUCAAGUCAGGGGAAGAUUAAAGCUCGUCAAUGAGAAAUGCAUUGAUACUUUGCCAA